AAGAGAACGUUUAAUUGGUCGGCUGGGCAUAGCAUUUUUCAGUGGUGUCUUGUGCGUAGCCACAAUGUCGACGACGACGAUGCUAUUCUGUGCUAUUCUCUGCGCGCUCCUCGUAGCCCAGGCAUCCUGCGCCGAGGAAGUGUCACUACCAAGGAGCGUGAAAGUUUGCAAUCGCCGGAGCUCGGAUUACUCCUCCUGUCUAAGGCUCGCCAUUCAGGAGUCAUGGCUGACAUUUGUCAAAGGUAUCCCGCAGUUACAGCUGCCGGUUCUCGACCCAAUGAGCAUGGACUACAUAGAGAGCAAUUACCAGGCGGCUGAGAUCUCCGGCAGGUUCAGCCUGCGCGAUGUUAAGACCUACGGCUUAGCCAGGACCAACUUCCUCGCGGUGCGGCCUUACUUCAGCGGCAACACCAUGAAUAUGGAAAUUGACGUGGAGGUGCCGAAGGCCUUCAUCGAUGGCAACUACAAGGCCGAUGGCUCGAUCGGAUUGUACAAGAUUGGAGGAAAAGGAUAUUUCAACGUGAGCAUAGACCACAUUAGCGCUACGUGGAGCUUGGAAGGACACGUUGACGACGAUAGAUGGAUCAUCGAUCAUCUCCAUAUCUACCCCGAUGUUGAGAAACUAAAAGUACACUUUACCGAUCUUUUCAACGGCAACGACGAGCUCAACAAAGCGGCCCUUAGUCUCGUCAAUGAAUAUUGGCAAGUAUUUUAUAAAGGAUUUCUGCCGUCUCUUGAGAAACACUGGGACCAAUAUCUUAGCGAUUUCCUUAAUCGAUUCAUCUUUUCAAAGAUCUCGGUCUCCAAAGUAUUCCCAUGAAUUAUUAGUGAUGUU